CUUACAGGAAGUAAACGAAAAUAAGCGUUAGAGAGGACGGAUUUUGCAAAACAAAGUAAAAAUGGAUAGGUUUUCGUGGUCAAAUGGACUUUUAGAAAUAAAUGAAACAUUAGUGAUCCAACAGAGCGGUGUCAGACUGUAUGAUGGUGAUGAUAAGUCUAAACUGGAUGUUGGAGUUGCCUUGUUAAGCACCCAUCGGCUGAUCUGGAGGGACAUUAAGAAUCAUGAGUGCUGCAUGGCCAUCCCCCUGUCUCAGAUCAUUUUCUUUGAGGAGCAGGCUGCAGGAAUAGGAAAGAGUGCAAAAAUAGUUGUCCAUCUGCAUCCUUCUGCUGCCAGUAAGGAACCCGGUCCCUUACAGAACAGCAAGUUCUCCUACAUCAAGAUGUCUUUUAAAGAACACGGGCAAAUUGAGUUUUACAGGAGACUAACAGAGGAGAUGACACAGAGAAGAUGGGAGAAUACACCAGUUUCACAACCCAUUUCCACUGGAGCUGGGUCUCAGACAGGAAGGACACGCGCUGUGGGAAUUGUCGGCAUUGAAAGGAAGAUAGAGGAGAAGAGAAAAGAAACAGACAAGAAUAUUUCUGAGGCCUUUGAGGACCUCAGUAAGCUGAUGGUGAAGGCUAAAGAGAUGGUGGAGCUGUCCAGAUCCAUCGCCACCAAGAUCAAAGAUAAGCAGGGAGACAUAACAGAGGAUGAGACAAUACGGUUUAAGUCCUACCUCUUGAGCAUGGGUAUUGCUAAUCCCGUUACCAGGGAAACCCACGGAUCAGGCACACAUUAUCACAUGCAGCUGGCCAAGCAGUUAGGAGACAUGCUGCAGGCUCCUCUAGAGGAGCGUGGAGGGAUGAUGGCUCUUACAGAAGUUUACUGUCUUGUCAACCGUGCAAGAGGAAUGGAGCUUUUAUCUCCAGAAGAUUUGUUAAAUGCCUGCAAAAUGUUUGAGUCAUUGAAGCUCCCACUGAGGCUGCGAGUGUUUGACAGCGGUGUCAUGGUGGUCCAGCUGCAGUCUCACAGUGAAGAGGAAAUGAUAGCCUCUGCUUUGGAUAGUGUGACAGAAAAGGGCUCUCUGACAGCAGAGGAGUUUGCAAAGCUUCUCGGUCUCUCUGUUCUUCUUUCUAAAGAACGGUUAAUGCUAGCAGAGAAGAUGGGCCACCUGUGCAGAGAUGACUCAGUUGAGGGUCUGAGAUUCUACGCAAACCUUUUUUGA